CCCCCCCCCCCCCCCCUUCUCCUCCUGAAAAAAUCCUGCGUACGCUACUGCCGGCUGGAAUAUAGCUCUUGUGCAUGGGUGUUGAUCCGGCCUUAUCUAAGUUAGAUAUAGAACUGUUGCCUCUGAUCUUUAUUAACCUCUCACAUGUUGACUACUUGUAUUUAUAUUUAUAUAUAUCCUUUCAAUAUAUCUCCCAUCUCUCUCUUGUUCUUGCUUACAGCUCUUUAAAUCUUUUCUUUUCUUGAUCCCUUAAUUCUCAAGGCUUGAUCCCUUGACCUUGGUCAUGAAUGCGCGCUUAUAUAGUACUAUUGCUUUUCUAAGGCGAUCCCCGCGUCACUAGAACUUCACCGCGAAAUCUGAACUUGUCUUUUUAAGUUCAUUUAGCAAUUCAAUUGAGGUCUUUAUUUAAGUUUAUUACAUCAUGAGCAUCCUAGAGACCAAGAAACUUGUUAAGGAGAGGGGCUGGGGUGGCCCAGGGAAGGCAGUGAUUAGUUUCACUUCAACAGUCAAUGGAUAUCACCACUUCAAGAAGAGGCCAUUCCAAGGAUCACAAUUCUUGAUGCAAUGCAGGCCUGAGAUGGGGAAUAAAUACGACAAAGCGGCAACUUUGGUGGUGGCUCCAAAGCUAGACGUCGUCGCUCCAGAGUUGCACGACAAAGAGACAAGGGCAGCAUCUACGUCGGGUCGCGAUCGCCAGCAGACAGUACGAGAGAUAUGUGGCCAUCCAGUCGGUAGGGUACCGAAGGGGCUAUCGGCAGUGGUCCGUUUCGCUAUCAACAGUGGUUGGGGGGCCUACUGCUGGUAUCUUGGGACGAUGACCCAUGACGGGCCCGUGAGAGGAGGGGGGCCCAAGUUGAACGUGUGUUAUGUGAUGGUGGGGGGAAAGAGGAUGGCAGACGAGAUAGUACGUCAGAUCAGGAGGAACGGAGGAAGAGACAUUAAUGUGUUAUAGUCAUGAUCCGUGUGUAGUCAAGAUGACAUUGAAUAUCAAAAUUAAAGAAAUGAAACCAUA